AGUGUAUAAAUGUUUUGGGUAAGCAGUGUAUAAAUGUUUUGUCUAGUAUACAUUUAGGACAAAACAUUAUUGUUUGAGUUUGUCGUGUUUUGUUUUUAAAUGCGUGCGGUUGAAAGGGAAAAAAGAAAAACAAGUAAAACGCCCGCUGAGAAGACAGAACAGUGUUUAGCUGCUCCUGGUUAGCAGGCCCGGAACGCGACCACGGGUCUUUCCUGAUCAGCUACACCGGACUCCGCGCUUCACACAGCGUUCACGCGGCUUGUUAUCCGUCGGCUGUGUCGGGAAAAGAUAUAUAGGAUCGGAGGAUGAGCAGGGGACGCGGCGCAAAAAAACGACUGCCUCCAGACAAGCCGGACACUCCUGAGCCUUUUGACGAUGCGAUUCUGGAAGAGGUGAAGCAGCUUUUUAACAAAGUGAGAGAGUACAGUGCUCCACCCGGAGACGAAUGGUGCUUACCGGACCCCAGCGCGGUGCUCCGUGACCGGCCAUGGAGUCAUCCACCUCUGCAGGCUCUGAAAAACUCCUUAAACGAGGUGAAAAAUCAGCUCAGUGACAAAGAUUUGGCAGUGUGGCACCAGCACACCUGCUCCACCAACCGAGCGGGCACCAUUACGUCCAACCUCCGCGAGACUGCCAAUGCAGAGCUUUGCACUCAGGCCUGGGCGAAAUUCUACGAGAUCCAAGGAAGCUUCAAACUCCUGUCAGAAACGGCACUGCGAAACGGUGAAUUGAACUCGGUCCAUUUGUGCGAAGCUCCUGGAGCGUUUAUUGCCGCGCUUAAUCACUUCCUUCAAACCAGCAGGCUGUACUGUGACUGGACCUGGGCUGCUAACACGCUGAAUCCGUAUCACGAAGCUAACGGACGGAGUUGCACUAUUGCGGAUGACAGACUCAUCGCUCAUACUCUCCCUUGGUGGUUUUUCGGCUCGGACAACACCGGUGACAUCAUGCUUCAGAAGCAUUUGCUGGAGCUGCAGGUAUUUGUUGGUAACAUGCGCAGUGUGGAUUUGGUCACUGCGGACGGAAGCUUUGACUGUCAGGGUGACCCGGGAGAGCAGGAGAGUUUAGUGGCUCCGCUGCAGUACUGUGAAACCGUGUGCGCUUUACUCUUACUUGCCCCCGGAGGCUCGUUUGUCCUGAAGAUGUUCACACUUUUUGAGCAUUCGUCCAUUUGCCUGCUUUACCUCCUUGCGUGCUGCUUUCGCGGGGUUCACGUUUUCAAACCUGCGACUAGUAAAUCCGGGAAUUCUGAGGUCUACGUCGUGUGUUUGGACUUCAAAUCCAAAGACACCGUCCGGCCGCUGCUCUCAAAGCUGAUCCGUAACUACGGUCCAGAUAUGGUUUCUACGGUUGCGCUAUUUCCAAAAAGCUGCAUUCCUCACUCUUUUCUCAGGCAGCAUGAGGAAAUCUGCGCAUUUUUCCACAUGCUACAGGUCAACACCAUCCAGGAGAACCUGCAGCUCUUCACCAGUAUGACUGCUGAGCAACGCAAUCGUUUAGAUCAGCUCAGAGAAUGUGCUGCGCAGUUCUAUGUUGAGCGUUUUCAGGUACAGUCCUUACCACGCAAACGCUGGGUGUGCCGAGGUGGGUCGCUGGCUUGGGGGAAGCCGUGCCCGAGGAAGCAAAUGGGAUCUUUUAACCAGCGCAAGGAGAUGCAGUUUAAGGAAUGGAGGCAGCGUCUUGCACAUGGACCUUACCAGGCAUGGAUAGAGGAACAUUUUCAGGUUGAGGAAGGACAUCAUUCUGUACUCGCUGGUCCUGUGGCUGAGUGUGACUUAAACGCAUGGUUUAGUCACAUGGGAGCAGCACUCCCAAAAGUACGCAGCUCUGCUUUCUGUGAUCCGGAGUUGCUCGAUCUGCUUAAUGAAGCUUUAGAGGAGCGGACCGUGGGCUUGAAGGAACAGCCACUGGCCCAAACCACACCAGCAUGCAGAUCUUGCUCCAUGAGGACUUCAUCUCCUGCAUCCAUAUUAAAUGAACUCUGCAACCAUCCAAAUGUUGCUUCUUGCUUAGUGAUGGUUGGGAACCAGUCAUGGCAGGAUGUACCACUUUCAGGAAACCAGCUACAGCUGCGGUUCUGUCCAGGCCCGUCCUACCCAGAGUUGUGCGUUUCCACUUUGCACGAUGGAGAUCCGCUUCAUCAACACAAGCUACUGAGCAGUGUGUGUUCAGCUCUGUGUGGACUUUCUGAAGGAUCAGCACUGGUGGUUCCGUUGUGCUCAGCUUUGACCCGUUUCACCGCAUCGCUGGUCCUCGCUCUCCAUCUCUGCUUCCAGUCGAUCGGUUUCCGCUGCCCCGUUUGCGGCCCACCUGUCGUGCUGCUGUGUGCGGGGUUCUCUUCUGUGCCUCAGAUCAACACCAUCCUCCAGGACGUCCUGGACCAAAUGAGAACACUCGAACCGGACAGGCAGCUUCUGCAGUUUGCGCCGAUGGAAGAACUGAUCAGAGGUUCACUGCCUCACUUUCUGUUCGACCUCAACAACACUGUUUUGAGACAGCAGCUCCAUUUACUUCUACCAUUGCAGCAGAAAAGAUAACACGCUAUGUCUCUAUCUCACUGGGACUCAAUCCCAGUCCUCAGUUCUCCAAACCCUCCAAAUUCUUGUGUGCCCCUUACUAAAAGACCAUUACUUCUCCAGCUUGUGACAGUGGAGGAAUUGAUUAAACUCCAUUUACUCCAAAAGCCAGAUAAUACUUUCCAUCAGUCUCAUUCCUCAGAGAUUUUCUAUAUUUCUGUAUUUAUUUCUACUCUCACACUUCUGACGGAGGUUGAACAUCGCUCAGUAUAUCGAGCUAGGAGUAAUUAAAUGAAGUAUAAUUACUGACUGGUUUGUUAUUCCUACACUAUACAAAGACUCUAUAUACAGCUUGUAGCACAACGUGGUUGAGUUCUCAAAUCUGAUUGGUCAGAAUGUGAGCAGUUAUUUUCGUAUAACCGCGUGGUGUGUUAUCCUGUACUUACAGUUUCUGGCCAACUGCAGUCGUUAAUUCUUUCACUAUGGACAGUUUGGUCUUGGGGACCCAUAUUUUGCAUAUUUUUCUUUUCCAUGGUCUUGCACGCUUCAGUUUAAGUUUUAUGUGCCAUGUAUAUAUGGAGAAGGCUUUUUGUUCAAGAAAAUACAGAACAUUUAUGUUUGUCUAAUGCAGAUCGUUCAUUCUAUGUUGUGCAUUUAUUAUGUUUUAGAAUGAUUUAUAUGUGACGUGUAAAUGUCAAACUACUUUGAGUUGCCUUAGCUACUAUAUUUUUGACAGCAGCAGUUUAUUUUUGGGCAUGUGGUCUGUUAUUAUUGUAUUAUGUUUCUAGGGUCAUCUACCAGCUGAAGAUGCCAACGCCAGUCCCCUGUAUUUGGGGGGGAAAAAAAAUUCUGUAGAUGAACAACAUAGAAUAUAUUUGUUUUAUGUGCUGUAUGUAUUAUAUAGACAUUAUAAUUAUUAUUAUUAUUAUUAUUAUUAUUAUUAUUUUGUAAAAAUAAAGUGAUAUUUUUUGGUUUGACCAAAUAUCUUCUUUACUCUAACAAAUAAUUUAUUGGAUCCACAGAAGUGUCAUUACACAUCCCACAUUCCUUCAGUAAGUCAUGGUUCAGUCAGCUUCAUUGCAGUCGAUUUAGGAGUCGGCCACAUUGAUCUCGUCUAAUCUGGCAUGUUCGUCUGACCGAGCGGUCCCAUUAAAUGUUAAAUGAGAUGCCAUGUCAUUGUCGUUCAGAAAAUAACUUAUAAUUGUUUUUGCAUAUAAGCAUAUUGUCAGAAUUCAUUUCUCACGUACCAAGACACGUACAUGGGCCUGUUUCUCAUUAACGAAUUAGAAAGUAACAGUUCAUAAUUGUUGUCUGUCUUUGCGUAAUUAAAAACGAGACGAUCUCGUGCACGUCAACACUUUAACAUGUUAUUCAAAAGCAAAUAAAAACAAAACACCCUCAUUAGAUUUGUUGAGUGAACUGUUGACUAUGAAGACACUCAUUAGACGUCUUGCAACAUUUCAGUAUAGGCCUGUUAAUAAAAAUAAAACUGCUAAUGGCGCAAAGAUUCGUCAAAACCCAGUGCUGUAAAUGUUGGACAUGCGUGGUCAUCUGAGUGACUUCUAAUAUAGGAUUUGCCUUUACAGUUUGUGCCAGACCUCUUCCCUGAUGAAACACCUGUGUGCUGAAGAAAAGAGUGAACUAACUCUCCACAGCAGUAGGGGACAGUAGUGUAUUUGGAAAUAAAAGAGGGAAAAUGUAAGACCUACUAUUGUGUAAGCAGCACCCAAAAUAGUACAACAUCAACCAGUACCAGUUCCCAGCGUGGUGCGCUAUAUUGAAUGCAGCAGUGAAGCUAAACGAACCAUUUUCACACCACUGGGAAUGUAAAAGUUCUGUUCAGCAUUUGGUUGGAAAGAUAUAUAAUCAUGCAAUUAUAGAAGCAGAAGAAAAAGGAAUGAACAUUAUCUUCCCCACCAAGUCAACAUUCUCAACAUGGUCAGCUUGGUGUUUCAGGGUCUUUGGGCAUGCAGUGUACUUGAUGCUAAUCUGGUGACUAUACGUGUCUAUAACUUGUUAGCUACAUUAAGCUUGAGUCUAAAAGACACAACUAAAGAAGCAAACAGAUUCAACAAAAGGAUUCAUUCAUCUUCGGUAAGAAGAUACUUCAUCCUGGUCAGGGAACAGUGUGGGCGAAGCUGGAACACAACCUGAAUGGAACACCAGUCCAUCACAUGGCACCAUGCAUACACACCU